GCUGCAUUGCUGCUCUUUUUAUAUUUGGAAACUCCGAAAGAAUCUCAGCUGACUUUCAUGUGCCGCCUUCGUCCAAUAAAACAGAAGAGGGCCUGCCUGCAAAAUCGACUAAUCUUGGGAGAGGUGUCAAUCAUGUUCAUUCAGCGGUUGAAGUGCGGGUUUUGGUAACCGCCUCCUUUACGCUUGGAAGGGAGACGAAGGAGGGAGCUUUCUUCGGAUCAAAGGCUGGUGUGGCGCUGUUGCCGUAGGAUGUACAGAGUGCAGCCUGCUGCUUUCUUUACGGACGCUUCUUGUAUCGUCUGGAUAUCUCUGAUUUCUGGAUUAUAAAUACAUUUGAUGUUUUUCAAUCCCAACUCAAUGCAGAGAAAUGGGUAAACUUCACUCGAAACAUGCUGCGAUUUGUAAACCGAGGGAAAGUCCGGAGGGCGACAGUUUUGUAGUUAAUGCCUGUUUGGCAAGGAAAGGAAUUGACGAUUGGCUCGUGAAACAGAAAUACUAUUGCACGGGUUCGCGGCUUGAGCAACAGGACUGUCACCACACGAAUAAGUGCGGCUUGUCUACUCGGGAUGUGUUGGACAAGGCGUGUGCAGAGGGAAUCAGUGAUGAACAUUACCGUUUAGAAGUGGCUCUGCCCCCGGAGAAGACGGUGGACAGUUGCUGUGUGGAGGAGAAGAUGCAGGGGAGAGCGAACCAGGCGCCCACAGGCACACAGAAACAGCUCCAGUUUGAAGAGCUUGAGUGUGCCGUCUCUGUAGAGGAAGACAACAGACAGGAGUGGACAUUCACGCUGUAUGAUUUUGACAACAAUGGCAAGGUCACCAGAGAGGACAUCACCAGCCUGCUCCACACCAUAUAUGAGGUGGUGGACACGUCAGUCAACCAUUCUCCCAGCAGCAGCAAGACACUGCGGGUCAAGCUCUCCGUGGCCCCCGACUCCAGCCAGCGCUGGCAGAGCUGCACACAGGGCACCGCAGACAUGCCCCACCCCAGAACGAAGACUGACAAGUGCAUUGAAGACCUUAAAAGUGCAGAGAAGAAGUCUCGAGCCCUCCUCAGGCGCCAUCACAGUGACCACCACACUAUCCAGCACCAGGUUCUGAUCCAGCAGGGUCAGAGUCAGAGCUGCCAGCGCCACUGUGUGGAUGAGAACCUGGAGCGCAGGAACCACUACCUAGACCUGGCCGGCAUCGAGAAUUACACAUCCCGCUUUGGAGCAGCCCCCACCACAGAGCCUGUGAAAGCAGAGCCACAGACCCGACCAUCGAACCAGACCAGGUCUCGCUCUCAUGAACCAGAGAAUGGCCACACCUACUCCCACCACCGUCGCUCACAGGUGGCCAUGGAGAGCAGCGCCGUCCCAGGCCCUGACACCCUUUGUCCCCCACGACCGAGUAAAGAGUCAGGUAAACACGCCCUGCGCUCCCCCAAGACCCACAGCCGGACACACCCCACACAGACCACCACGGGCAGGGUGAUGAGGAGCAGAGGGGCCCCACCUCCCCCGGCCCUACCCAGCCAGACCCCCCCCCACCAGUCCUCAGCCCCCUACCGCAGGCACAAGCAGAGGGCCAAGGAGGACCAGCAGCAGUCCCGGGCCCUGGGGGCUCCAGUGGGGCCUGUGGUGGAGAAGGAGCAGGUGAGGGUCCUACCCAGUGUGCUCCUCUAUGAAGGAGGGCUGGCCCAGAUGGUUCAGAGGCACGAGCAUCAUCACCACCAUGAACACCACCACCACUACCACCACUUCUACCAGUCCUGAGCCAGCCAGCUCCCUGCCCUGCUGCUUCUGGCCCCUGAGCACCUUCUCACUUCUCACAGAGGAGUUGGACAGACGGGGAGAGGUGCGGGGUGAAGAGGGUUAUUAUGGGGCUGUCCAGGCAUAAAGAGUCCCUGUGAGGCAGCGGGACAGUGUCUUGGUCUUCAGGUGUGCCAGGAACCAGGAGCAGGACACGGCAAAGGGAUGUGACAGGGGAGCCUGAGAGGAACAGAAGGAGAAAAGAGACUUGGCUGUAGUCCUCCAGUGGACUCCUCUCAUCCUCUCUGUCUGUCUAGUUCUCUGAAACCCCCUACUCUGAUGGACUAGGUGACUUUACGAAGCCAUACUGGCACUGCCAUCCUCACAGACCUCUACGUUUUGGGGAAGGGGAUUCGGAGGUGAAGGGCUGGUUUGGAUGGAAAGACUGAUGUAAAAAGAUAAAAUAUAUGAUGCUCAGUGUCCAGUGAGAUUGUGUUCGAGGGAGAGACUGUGUGUGUGUGUGUGUGUGUGUGUGUGUGUGUGUGUGUGUGUGUGUGUGUGUGUGUGUGUGUGUGUGUGUGUGUGUGUGUGUGUGUGUGUGUGUGUGUGUGUGUGUGUGUGUGUGUGUGUGUGUGUGUGCGAAAGAAAAAAAUGUACACACAUUUGUGUGUCUGAAUAUACAGUGUGUAUGUGUGCAUUGGUUCAUAUGAAUAUUUGUGUGUGUGUGUAUAGUGUCUGUGUGCAUGUAUUACCUGUCUGCUGUGACACCCCUGUCGCCACUGAAAACCACUUGAAAAGCACUUGUGGGUGCAGUUGCAUUGGAGACACUUUGGGCUGUCAGAACAGAGGGCUGACAGGCAUCGGUUGGAUAUGAUGAAGAUAAGAUCAUCCAGCUCCUGAAUCUCACAUGCAAUACAGGACCCUCCCUGAGAGAACGAUGUUGAAAUGUUCAGUGAGAAUAGAAGACUGUAAUCAGCUGCUACCUCUAGUGUUAUUAAUGGUGUUAUUAUUAUUGCUAUUAAUCAGAUGCUAUUUUUCAGUUACAUUUUGUUGUAUUUUUUUAAAGAUGAUACAAUCUGCAGUAAUGUAGUGUUGAAACGCUCCUACAUGUUUUACCUACAUAUUGUAUGGAAAUAUAUUAUCAACAUUAUAAGAUUUAUUUAUAAUGUUAUGUUUGUAUCAACAAUCUACAUUUAUUUCUCACUCAACCCCAUUUUCCCGAUGUACCCUGUUGAAUGCCCACUAUAUAUACAAUUUGGACCAUCAAAGAUACAACUCUGACUCCCCCUAAUAUCACCACCUAAUAUCACCACACACAGUUCUUUCACACCAAUGGUCAGUGUACACCUUCUCAAGUACAUCUCUGCCUUCUGAACAGUGUCUGUCUAAUCGUUGUGGUUAGCAGUUCACAGUAAGGCUCUUUCUCAUUAGCUGAAUCAUAAGUAUGUAGUGGUUGACAAUCCACAGCAGUCCCAUGAUCCUCCAGGUCUGAUCAUAACACAUGACCCUAACCGCUGUCCCCUCAUGAGGCAUCCCCCUGUCCCCCGCUGUCAGCACCUGUUUCACCAGGCCGCCCUCACGCCAUGUGUCCCCAGCACUCAGGCAACAAGGCUCUGUUUAUGAUGCUGGCUGGGUGGGCUGGGCCGGGGUGGAGGCUCUCAGCUGUCUGUCUCAUUCCUCUGGUGCGAGGUGACACCAGGCCCAGCCCCUAGGCUCCACCAGGACCAUAACUCACCCUGCUGAAGGCCUGCUGUUGGGACCGGCAGCUCAAACCAUGCAAGACCUCUCAGAUCCUCUCCCACCCUAGGUAAACCAUCAGAGCCCUACACCACUGUUUAGGACAGGUCAUUAUGGUAUGCCUGCAUCUAGUCCAGGAGCUCCUGACUGAGUAUCAUCUGGUCAGGGUAAAGAGGACAAUACUGUAAUCAGCAAUGUUCCCUCUAUUUUUUUCGUUACUGAGCACAUUUCAGGUCUGCUGAGCACAAACUUGAACGUUGUGAAAAUUCUAAGCGUGUUUAAUGUGAACACUGAGGCAUCGUUAUUCACAUACCAUUAUUACAGGGAAUCAGGCAAAAUAUGCUGCCCUCUGCCUAUUGGCUACACUGCUCCUUUAAGACAAAUAUGUCUAGAAAUGCACACGUUUUGUGCCCUUGUAGGAAGCAAUCACUCCCCCAUUACUGACUACAAAUGAUCUAUAACUGGGCUAAUAACUGACAAACUAGCGAAGGAUAUGAACACGUACACGCGUUGCUACAUGUAGCAAAUAUUGCGUUGAUUCGAUCACAAUUCCCACAGUAAACAGAAACGUUAACUAAUGGGGAAAACUCUAGAAACUUUGUGCUUCUCUGUGUGGGCAGAUAGUUCUUCUGCAUGGCAGUCCUGGGGGAGCUGUACGCCCGCUCUCUCACACAUCUUAGAGGGAACAUUGGUAGUCAGUAUGAGCUAAUAGACCUCGCUACUGGCUAUGCGUUGUGAGCAGGUGUGAAGAGUUCAUGAAUUCCCCUACAGGUGUGUUGAACCUCACACCAGGUGUGUAGACAUCAAAGCCAACUUUCCACUCUGGGUCAUGUCUAGGUUUAGAGCUUUUACUACAAGUUUCUGUUAGUGUGUGUUUUUGGGUCAGUUGAGGGAAUCUGGUGCAUUCCAGUCUUGUCCUGAGCUCCAGUGCUUCCUUCUCUCACAUAGCUGCAGACUGUCCAUUAGCAGAGGCACCAGUCAAGCUGGCCUCACCACGGGACACAGUCACCCACCUCAGCCACCCGCAAGGGGAACGCAGCUGCACCCCAUUCCUCAGCCCCGCUCUGCGAUCUGCUUGGUGCUGGCAUCUGCCUGGCCUAGCAUGGCAGCACCCCAUCUGACAGGGCCCAUCUCAACACUAUAACUCAUGUUGUAGUCUUCACACCACAGCUAAACAGUGUGUGUGUGAGAGAGAAGGUGUCUGCAGUGAUCCCCUCAGACAGACAAUGUGGGUAAUAGGCAGGGAUCUGCUUGGGUUCUCAUCCUCAGUUAAACUCCCUCC